AGGCAUAUCCUAGGACAGCCCAGACCUCCUCGAGUCUGCGAAGACCCUGCCAGCCGGCGGGGGGCGGCGCCAGAGCCUGUCUCCGCGGUGCUCGAGUGCUCGCAGCUCUCCGGCUUUCCCUCCGGUACCGUCUGCGUCCGCCGUCCUUCGGCAUCAGCAUGCCCGGUCCGACGCCCAGUGGCACCAACGUGGGCUCCUCAGGGCGCUCUCCCAGCAAAGCGGUGGCCGCGCGGGCGGCGGGAUCCACGGUCCGGCAGAGGAAAAAUGCCAGCUGUGGGACUCGGAGUGCAGGCCGCACCACCUCUGCAGGGACUGGGGGAAUGUGGAGAUUCUACACAGAGGAUUCCCCUGGGCUCAAAGUUGGCCCUGUUCCAGUGUUGGUGAUGAGUCUUUUGUUCAUCGCUUCUGUGUUUAUGUUGCACAUUUGGGGCAAGUACACGCGCUCAUAGAUUUGGCUACAUCCAUCUGUCAUCUGAAGAAGAAGGAAAAGACCCAACAUAUCUUGGACCAAAAAGUGUAGUGAUUUUCUGUUCAUGUGUAUUGUUUUACAGAGAACUUCACAAGAAUUGACUUUGAGAAAUGUUUUUUCUAUGUCUAAUAAACUUUGGAAUUGAUUUA